ACAUGGUCAUAGAGCUCCUACUUCAAGAGGAGAGGCAAUCAGCAACGUAUCACCAUCAAAGCUGCUGUUUAUCCACAGGACAGAAUUUUACAUGCCCGAAGACGAGACUUAUGGCACGCGGGCCCGCAAUGGGUCGUGGACCGGCAUGGUGGGUAUGAUUCUCAGGGGGGAAGCACAACUGGCGACCUGCAUGUUCUCCUUUCAUUCCGAUCGCAUGAAUGUGGUCAACUUUUUCCUUCCAUCCUGGAAAUUGAAAUUGGUUUAGAGUCCAGGAACUCAUACGUCUCCUGAAGUUAGUGUCUACGCAAUAUGUUUCUGCAGGAUCACCAGACGUGGUCAUGAAACUUCUGAAGAAUCACAAUUUGAAUCCCCUCUACGUCAUACAUACUAACUUCGCAACAAGGGAGAUUGUAAAGCAGUUUUCUGAAACAGGAAAUAUGCCGAGCGGCAGAUGGCUGUUAUUUCUCGAAUCCAUGACGUCACUGAAAGAAUUCUUCGCCGACGUUUACAUACCGCUCGACUGCGAGUUCCUGGUCGCACAGCGCUCGGGAUGGACGGGGGAAGAACCCGAAGUGUCACUCACAGAGGUUUACAAUCUACAUUCCUCUCGUCAGGUUCAAACAAAUUUGAUUGCUAAAUGGAGUUCCAAGGAUGGACUCAAAUGGUCUGAAACCUCCUUUUUUGAAAGGCGAGGAGACCUCCAUGGCAUUUCCUUGAAGUCUGCAAUGAUUCAUGAUCCUCCAUUUAUUUAUUUUCCGAAACAGACAGGACUCGAUCCACCACAUGUGUCUGGAUAUGCAAUUCAGUUCUGGAACCUACUUCAAGAGAGACUGAAUUUUACGUUGGAGAAGUUAUUUCUGGAAAACGGAAGCCAUGGGUCGCGGAACUCGGACGGCACGUGGAGUGGUAUUGUAGGAAUGGUUGCAUCAGGACGAGCGGACGUGGGUCUGAAUGUCAUGACAAUUACGAAAAGUCGCUUGGAUGUAGUUCAUUACGUCCAACCCAUUGCCACAUCUCGGGUGACGGUGUACGUUCGGAAGCCAAAUGCGACGUUCAGCCCUGCGAGACAAAUUUUGACGCCAUUCGCCCUUAAACUGUGGCGGGUAAUUGGCCUUACUGUUCUACUAAUUGCCGUCCUGCUUUCUGCAGUUUCCUACAACAGCAAAGAAACAGCCAAUUACAGAAUCUACAACUCAAUAUUUUACACAAUCAACAUCUUCUGCCAGCAAUCUUCUUUUCUACCCCGUACCUGGCCCUGUCGACUGAUCUGCCUUACUGCUUACGUCACCUUUAUGGUACUGCUCAUGGCUUACUCGGCCAGCUCCAUAUCUUAUUUGACAGUUCAAAGAUACCAGUUACCAUUCAGAGAUUUCCAGGGCCUCCUUGAUGACGGAACUUACGGAUUAGGCGUCGUUUAUGACAACGCACAUGAAGAAUUACUUAAGAACUCGAAGAAUCUGAUUAUAAGAAAAGCCUACAAAACAUUGGUUGAGCCGAAGAGACAGAAACUUCCACGAAGCACAGUGGAAGGUCUGCGCCGCUUAUGUAACGAGGAUAAGUACAGCUUCUUCUGCUCCAAAAUAAUGGCAAAAGGACUCAUGCAAAAUUUGCCAUGCAGUGUUGUUGAAAUCUCUGAAAUGUCCUACAGGAUAACAGUUUCUAUGGUCAUCAGUAAACAGAGCCCUUACAAGAGAUUCUUCAAUAGCCUUCUCCUGGACUUCAAAAGCACCGGAAUAAUUCAUAAGUUCGAUCAAGAAUUUUGGCCACGGUUGUUGGAAGACAGAACAAAUGAAUAUCUCACGGCUGUUACUUUCGAAAUGGUGAAGAUGAGCUACUCCAUCUUGGGAGCAGGGAUUUGUAUCUCGGUCCUGGUCCUAUGUUUCGAGCGACUGUUUCAGAAGAGGCGAAUCAGAAUAACAGCUGAGCCCAUUCCUCCUCUCUGAGAAGCUUAUAGUCGUUCAAGCAGUAUCUAAGGGGUUCUGACAAUAGUGUAUAACACACAGAAUGACUGGGUUCUCGGAAUUUGGCCAUUAUCCGAUAUUCUAGAAACUAGAAAACAAUCACAAAGUUAAUAGAAAGUCCGUCGAGUGUAACAAUUUGUAGGUCACUUUUUAUUAUUAUUUCUGCCUUACAUGUUUCGGUUUGACACAACCAAAAGUUAUACUUAAACUUAAAUUAAAACCCUAAGCAAAGUGCCCACAAGUUAUACUUAAAGUUAAAUUAAAACCCUAAGCAAAGUGCCCCUAGUUAUACUUAAAUUUAAAUUAAAACCCUUAGCAAAGUGCCCACAAGUUGUACUUAAAAGUUAAAUUAAAACCCCAAGCAAAGUGCCCACAAGUUAUACUUAAAGUUAAAUUAAAACCCUAAGCAAAGUGCCCACAAGUUAUACUUAAAAGUUAAAUUAAAACCCCAAGCAAAGUGCCCACAAGUUAUACUUAAAGUUAAAUUAAAACCCUAAGCAAAGUGCCCCUAGUUAUACUUAAAUUUAAAUUAAAACCCUUAGCAAAGUGCCCACAAGUUGUACUUAAAAGUUAAAUUAAAACCCCAAGCAAAGUGCCCACAAGUUAUACUUAAAAGUUAAAUUAAAACCCUAAGCAAAGUGCCCACAAGUUAUACUUAAAAGUUAAAUUAAAACCCCAAGCAAAGUGCCCACAAGUUAUACUUAAAGUUAAAUUAAAACCCUAAGCAAAGUGCCCGCAAGUUAUACUUAAAAGUUAAAUUAAAACCCCAAGCAAAGUGCCCACAAGUUAUACUUAAAGUUAAAUUAAAACCCCAAGCAAAGUGGCCAUUACAUUCCGGCAGACACAGAAUAUAGUAUGACGUCACAGAUUAGGCUUUAUUAGACUUCUGACAAUAAAAGAAUGAUCUGUUUCUUCCAACAGCAGCGAAAGUGAGAGAAAGCAUUCAUUUCAAAGAAGCCGAUUUUUUUUAAAUGCCUUUGAACACUUCAAGCCACGAAAAGAGGAAAGAAACAGAGAAACUUGAGCAAGGAAAAAUAUCGGAAUAGUACAUCGACUAAGCCACGACAGUUUUCUUCAAAAUCACUUCCAGUUCAUCAUUCAUCAGUCAUCCUACCAAUCGAUGCUGCACUCUGGUUACUAACAGUGUCUUAAAAUAAAUCACACGAACACAUAUGCGUCACUGAAAAUGAAUGCUGUAAGGGGUCUGGGAGUUUCGAAGAAGACAAUAUUUUUUAUCCUUCGUAGGACUCAACCCACGUUCCUUCAGUCUUCCAUUAACGACAUACACAGUGUAUACAGAAACAGCUUUAAUUGAUCCAUUUAGAGGACUUGUAGAUUGUAGUACUCAGCCUCGUGAUGAUAAUUGAGGAGCUAUUUCAAGGAAAUAGCGGCUCCGGUCUAGAAAACCGAGGUUA